AUCACUUACACACAUACCAUUCACAAAGUAGGCCAAGACCUUUCUGUUCAUAUAAUCAAUAUUCUCUCUCUAUCUCUCUCGUCUUGAACCAUUUUACUCGUUUUCGACGACUCUCUCUCUCUCUCUCUUUUCGUUUUGAACCAUCUUAGAAAAGUUCCUGGGCUCUCAUUGCUGCUUCUUUUCUUUGUUACAUAUUAGGCUCUUUUGAGUCUUUGAUGCUCAGCUUAGCUUAACGUCAACUUCUCUGAGCUCAUCUCUUCAUCUCCUGAGUGAAACUCUGUAGCUCUAAUUAAGGUUCUCCGUCUCCCCUGCCAAGUUCUGCUAUAUUUUUUUUAUCAGUCUCUUGUCAAUUCUAAUUGAAAAACCCAUGAGUAAUCUCAAACUAGGGAUUGAGGUUGUGAGUGCCCAUGACCUUAUAGCCAAAGAUGGGCAAGGCUUAUCUGAUACUUAUGUGGAGCUCCACUUUGAUGGACAAAAAUUUCGUACCACUACUAAAGAAAAAGACCUGAAUCCUGUUUGGAAUGAAAGCUUUUACUUCAAUGUCUCUGAUCCAAAUAACCUCUCUAACCUCACCCUUGAUGCUUAUGUUUAUAGCUAUAAUAAGGCCAACAACAGCAGAUCUUUCCUUGGAAGGGUUCGUCUUACAGGGACAUCAUUUGUGCCAUAUUCUGAUGCUGUUGUUUUGCACUACCCUCUGGAAAAAAAAAGCUUUUUGUCGCGUGUAAAAGGAGAGCUUGGUCUGAAAGUCUUUGUAACUGAUGACCCUUCUAUACGAUCUUCAAAUCCACUUCCUGCAAUGGAAGCCUCUCUGAAUUCAGGAUCACGUCCAAUCCAAGGUCAAGGCCCUAACGAACAAGUUCCUAGUUUUGUUCCAAAACCAUUCUCCAAUGAAAAAGGCGAGUCAAGACGUACAUUCCAUCACCUUCCUAAUCCAAAUCCUGCACGGCCACAGCAGCUUAACAUUCCCCCCAUGUCAACCCAGCCAAGUUUCGACUAUGGGGUGCAAGCCAUGAAAUCUGAACCGCAGGUUUCAAAAGUUGUUCACAUGUACUCGGGUCCAUCACAAUCUGACGAUUAUUCACUUAAAGAGACAAGUCCUCACCUUGGAGGGGGUCGGGUUGUUGGGGGGCGAGUAAUACGAUCAAAUAGGCCAUCCAGCACAUAUGAUCUUGUUGAACCAAUACGUUACCUUUUUGUACGUGUUGUGAAAGCUCGUGAUCUUCCUUCUAAGGAUGUGACAGGAAGCCUCGACCCUUUUGUUGAAGUAAAACUUGGGAACUUCAAAGGAAUUACAAAGCACUUUGAGAAAAAACAAAAUCCUGAGUGGAAUGAGGUGUUUGCCUUUGCUAAGGACAAUAUACAGUGGUCUAGCCUGGAUGUUGUAGUGAAGGACAAGGAUAUGCUAAAAGAUGAUUUUGUUGGGCGUUUGAAGUUUGAUCUCAAUGAAGUUCCUACACGGGUUCCACCUGAUAGUCCUUUGGCUCCAGAGUGGUAUAGACUUGAAGACAAGAGUGGGGAGAAGAAGAAAGCGGGGGAGCUGAUGCUUGCUGUCUGGUAUGGCACACAAGCUGAUGAGGCUUUUCCUGAUGCUUGGCACUCAGAUACAUUUACUUCCUCUGAUGGCUCUUCAGCCUUCUCCUCACAUCUCCGCUCUAAAGUUUACCAUUCACCAAGAUUGUGGUAUGUUCGUGUCAAUGUAAUUGAGGCACAAGACUUGGUUGUAUCUGAAAAGUCUCGUUUUCCGGAUGCAUAUGUUAGGGUACAAAUUGGCGGUCAGUCAUUGAAGACAAAAGUGGUUCAAGCUAGGGGUUCGAAUGCAAUCUGGAAUGAGGAAUUCAUGCUUGUUGCUGCUGAACCAUUUGAAGAUCAUCUGAUUCUUUCAAUUGAAGAUCGUGUAGGUUCCAACAAAGAUGAGACCAUUGGGAGGGUUGUUAUACCUUUGAACAGAGUCGAGAGGCGUGCUGAUAACCGAAUGAUCAGAAGCCAAUGGGUCAACAUUGAGAAGUCCAUGUCAGCCGCAAUGGAUGGAGAUCAUGGAAAGAAAGAGAAAGACAAGUUCUUUAGUAGACUCCAUGUCAGUAUCUGUCUUGAUGGAGGGUAUCAUGUGCUGGAUGAGCCGACUCACUACAGUAGUGACCUCCGACCUUCAGCAAAGCCCCUUUGGAAGCAAUCAAUAGGUGUUUUGGAACUUGGCAUUCUGAAUGCUGGUGGGCUCCAUCCUAUGAAAACAAGGGAUGGUAAGGGCACAUCAGACACUUAUUGUGUAGCAAAGUAUGGGAACAAGUGGGUCAGGACUCGAACGAUAGUCAACAGCUUGAGCCCAAAGUACAAUGAGCAGUACACUUGGGAAGUCCAUGAUCCGGCCACGGUUCUCAGUGUGGGAGUUUUUGAUAACAGCCUGAUUGGUGGUUCAAAUGGUAACAAAGAUAUGAAAAUUGGCAAAGUUCGAAUUCGAAUUUCUACUCUUGAGACUGGCCGAGUCUACACUCACUCGUAUCCAUUGCUAGUCCUUCACCCCUCUGGUGUCAAAAAAAUGGGUGAAAUACAUCUAGCAAUACGGUUCUCAUGCACAUCACUGGUGAGCAUGAUGUUUAUAUACACUCGACCUGUUCUCCCAAAGAUGCAUUACGUAAGGCCAUUGAGUGUGAUGCAGCAGGAAUGGCUGCGUCACCAGGCUGUAAACAUAGUGGCAGCUAGGCUUGGUCGAGCAGAACCCCCUGUUAGGAAGGAGAUAGUUGAGUACAUGUCUGAUGCAAACUCUCAUCUUUGGAGCAUGAGGCGUAGUAAGGCGAACUUUUUUCGGUUGAUGACAGUUUUCUCAGGAUUAUUAUCAGUUGGAAGGUGGUUUGGUGAUGUUUGCAUGUGGAAGAACCCUAUCACGACGGUGUUAGUACAUGUUCUCUUUGUGAUGCUGGUGUGUUUCCCAGAGCUGAUUCUGCCAACUGUUUUUCUAUACAUGUUCGUGAUAGGAGCUUGGAAUUUCCGGUACCGCCCAAGAUACCCUCCUCACAUGGACACAAGAAUCUCUUAUGCAGAUGCAGUGCACCCUGAUGAGCUUGAUGAAGAAUUUGAUGCAUUUCCAACCAGUCGGAGUACUGACAUUGUUCGGGCAAGGUAUGAUCGGCUAAGGAUAGUGGCCGGGAAAAUUCAGACUGUUGUGGGUGAUGUGGCUUCCCAACUGGAGCGUGUCCAGGCCCUCCUAAGCUGGCGAGAUCCUCGUGCCACAUUUAUAUAUAUGAUCUUCUGUUUUGCAGCUGCCAUUGUGUUGUAUGUAACACCUUUCCAGGUGCUGACUCUUCUGUCUGGGUUUUACUUCAUGAGGCACCCCAAGUUUCGUCAUAAGAUGCCAUCAUUACCCAUUAAUUUCUUCCGUCGGCUACCGGCUAGGACUGAUAGCAUGUUGUAGACAGGUUGUUGGGAUUUUCUGUAAAAAGUUUCUACUGCCAGUGUGUUUUGGGUCUCGGAUUUAUUUGAAGUAAUUGGCAGUAAUUGUAAAUGUUCUAUCUCCUGUAUUUGUCUGGUUGUGGAAGUUGAUACAGAUGUGUGUAUGCAAGCUUUGUACUCAAUGGUAGUUAUUUAUUUAUAGAUGUCAUGUUUAGCA